AUGCCUGAUUCGAUCGAAAAGUGGAUGGUUUUAUUCUUACUUCCGAAUAAUGAUGAUUGUGAAGAAAUUUAUAAAAUUUCACUCGAUAUCCUUCAAGAUACAGUCGAUUCUAUCGAGACAUUUACUGAAUUUAAUCGAUGUGCUGAUUUUAUUAAGACUCUCAAUAAUACAACCAUAUAUUUGAUUGUCUCGAAAGAAAUAAAUGAAGAAGAAAGUAUUAUUCUUGAAAAUUGCUCAUCAAUCAUGUCAAUAUAUCUUUUAAAUCGAAAUAAUUUACAUGAACAACAAUGGAUUAAAUCAUGUAAAAAAUUCAAAGAAAUAUACAUUAAUAUAAAAGCUAUUUGUGAUAAUAUAAAACAACAUAUUCACCUGUUCAGACAAAAUGUAAUUUCUAUUAAUGUAACUUCGCAAGAAUCUGCUACUAAUCUUGAUGAACUUGAUCCAUCAUUUAUGUAUUCUCAAUUGUUAAAAGAAAUUCUUCUUGAAAUGCCACAUGAUGACAAUGAAAAAACAAAUUUCGUAAAUUUCUGUAAUCAAAAAUAUACUAACAAUGAAUCGCAAAUGAAAAUAGUUAUUGAAUUUGAUCAACAAUAUAAUAAAACAUCCCCAAUAUGGUGGUAUACUCGUGAAUGUUUUCUCUAUUGGAUGUUGAAUACAGCUUUACGAACACAUGAUACAGACACUAUUUUAAAAAUGGGAUUUUUUCUUCGUGAUCUUCAUGGUCAAAUUGAAAAAUUAUAUUUACAAAAUAAACCAUGCAAUUCAUUAGUUCUUUUUCGAGGACAAGGUAUGUCUUUCGUACAAUUCGAUAAAAUGAAUAAAACCAAAGGUGGACUUUUAUCAUUCAAUAAUUUUUUAUCAAUUAGUACAGAUCGGCAAGUGGCCUAUUUAUAUGCAGAUAGUGCUCGACAAAAUUCAAAUUUAAUUGGAGUUAUAUUUAUCAUCGAAAUCGAUCCAUCGGUUACAACAACUUCGUUUGCUUUUGUACAAGAUUAUAGUUUUUAUGGAAGUACUGAAGAAGAAAUAAUUAUGUCAAUGCAUAGCGUUUUUCGAAUUGGUGAAUUAGAGCAAAUAGAUUAUCAACUCUGGCAAAUUAAAUUGAAAUUGACAAGUGACAAUGAUCCACUAUUAAAAAGACUAACAGAAUAUAUACGACAUGAUAUUGAAGGAGAAACACCACUCUAUCGGAUGAAUAAUUUAAUGAUGAUUAUGGGACAUUAUGAUAAAGCAGAGGAAAUUAUACGAAAAUUACAAAAUACAACAUCAGAAAAAAAUGGACAAUUAAUUGCUGAAUUGAAUUAUCAAAUGGGAAAUGUGUUAUUAGCAAAGGGUGAAUUAAAUAAUGCACUCGAUUGUUUGAAGAAAACACUUGAAUUUGAGCAGAAUGUAUUCUCACCAAAUGACCCAACAUUAUCAUAUACGUAUAGAAGUGUUGGAAGUGUUUAUGAUUCAAUGGGAGACUAUAAACAAUCUCUUAUGUAUUAUGAAAAAGCACUUGAAAUUCAAGAAAAUUCACUUUCAUGGAAUCCUUUAGAAUUAUGUAAUACCUAUACACAUAUAGGUCUUCUAUAUGAACACAUGGGAGAAUACUCUAAAGCAAUUAUAUAUCUCGAAAAGAAUCUCGAAAAUCAGAUAUAA